GCAUGCGUUAAUUGUGUAGACUGGAGGUUGCUGAGCGGCGGUAGUGCUAAGACUGGCUGGUUGCUCGGAUCAGCUGUGACUCAGUUCCCCAAGCCCCUCUGGGCAGUUCUUUCCUCGGGCCCGUUUAAGUCCGCGAUGGAACAAGCGUCUCUGCUCAGCUUUGUUUUCCUGCUGCGCGUUGCUCUGGUGGUAUGUCGUUGCCCUCUGCAGUGUGUUUGCCCCCCCAGCCCACCCCAUUGUGCUCCCGGGGUCAGCAUGGUGCCUGAUGGCUGUGGGUGCUGCAAAGUCUGUGCCAGGCAGCUGAACGACGACUGCAGCAAGCACUGGCCAUGUGACCCCCACAGGGGGCUGGAAUGCAACUUUGGGGCAGACCCCUUGGCCAGCAAGGGCAUCUGUCGGGCCAAACAGGAAGGCCGGACGUGCGAAUACAACGGGCGGAUCUACCAGAACGGUGAGAACUUCCAGCCCAGCUGCAAGCACCAGUGCAGCUGCAUCGAUGGUGCCGUGGGCUGCCUGCCCCUCUGCCCCCUGGAGCUGCCCCUGGCCUCCCUCAGCUGCCCUGACUCACAGCUGCUCAAGGUGCCUGGCCAGUGCUGCAAGAAGUUUGUGUGCGGCAAGGGGGCCAAGAGGUUUGGGGAGGUCUCCUUUGAGGGCGGGGAGACCAAAAGCAACGAGCUCAUCUAUGUGGGCAAGGACCGGCACUGGAAGAACAUGCCGGCCUGGCCACCUCUGUUCAAGGCCCAUUCUGUGCUGAGGAAAUGCCUAACCCAGACCACGGACUGGUCUCCCUGCUCCAAGACCUGUGGCCUAGGUGCCUCCACCCGGGUCACCAACAACAACCCUCAGUGCAAGCUGGCCAAGGAGACGCAGCUGUGUCAGAUCCGACCCUGUGACCAGCCUGACUUCACCAAGCUGAAGAAGGGCAGGAAGUGUCUCCGGACCCACAAGGCUCAGGAGCCAGUGCAUUAUAUCUACGCCGGCUGCAAGAGCCUCCGCAAGUACCAGCCCAGCUACUGCGGCUCAUGCCUGGACGGGCGCUGCUGCGUGCCCCUACACACCCGCACCCUGGCUGUGCCCUUCCGCUGCCCUGACGGGGACUCCUUCACGCGCAGUGUCAUGGUGAUCCACUCGUGCCAGUGCGGGCCAGCCCACUGCCAGCCCCUCAACGAGGCUGCCAUGCACCCCCAGCACCGGCUAGACGGAGACACGCACAAGUUCCUGGAGUGAGCAGUGCCGGCACCCCAGAGUGGGCAGGGGUACUGGUGAUGGUGUGGGGGGAGGGAUACCCCCCACACUCAAAUGACACUUCAGGGACUUGGAUCUCAGCCAUGGGGGGGGUGUCUCUAAGCUGAUCGGUGGGGGUAGGCGUGGGGAGCUAUUGCCCCACAUGGCAGCCCCUUUCUAGCCUGUAUUUCCACCCGUGUCCCCUCCUCCCCACCACUUCCUGUCCCAUGGUGCCUCUUUCCACCUGUGCCCCUUCGUGUCCCCCAUUUCCAUUUCCUACCCCACAGAACCCCACUGCACCCCCACUUCCUCCUGGGAGUGGGAGAAUCUCACCACAUCUACCACCAUCCCCAACCUUGCUACCCGCUCCCCCUCCAAACUGGCAUGCUGUCUGCCUCUGCCUUGUGUGCACUCACUGCCCCCUGGUGGUGAGCCCCCCAAUGGACACCCUCUCCGUCCCUGGCGGAAGACAGUAGGUAUCAUUUGAACCACAUGGCGGCUAUAGACAGCUGCCCCCACCCUCUAACAAUCCAAAGGGCUCUUCUCUUUUCUUCCCCCCCCCCCCCCAGCCUCAUUAAAGCACAUUUUCAGGAGCCACAGGGCUUGUGGUCCCAUGGGAAGGAUGCAUUGGAUUCAUGCCUGCUCUAUCGCCCCCUGCUGGGUGGUUUUAUACCCACAGGGACAGCAAUAUUGCACUUGCGGGGCGGGGGGGGGGAGGCAAUUGUUUAGGGGGAAAUGUUUUUUGUUUUUGUUUUUUUUCUUACACUCACACUCAGCUUCAAACUUAGCUUGGAGCGAUGGCUCUUGGCUUCAUAAUGAAGCCCAUAUCAUCUGUCGUCCCAUCCCCCCUUCUUGCUGUCUUCCCUGCCUUGUUAAUUAACUGCUUGAUUUUUCUUUCUCUUCCCUGCACUGUUUAUAGUGACUGUCACCAUGAUUGCAAGUCCCUUCUCUCUCUUGCUGGUGGGUAUAAUUGCUUUGUGAGGUGAGGGGCAUCCCCAGACAUCCUGCAAACUCGUAUCUCCAUCCGAAUGUCCUCUCCCCCC